AUGAAGACAAAUGAUUUUCUUUGUGGAGUUAUUGAAGGUUAUUAUGGUCGUCCAUGGUCAUUUAAUCAACGAAAAGCACUUUUUGAAUAUUGUUUAAGAUUUGGUUUAAAUACAUAUGUAUAUGCACCAAAAGAUGAUGCAAAACAUCGAUCUCGUUGGAGAGAUUUAUAUACAAAUGAAGAAUCAAAUGAAUUAGCUCAAUUAAUUCAUACAGCUAAACAAUUUGGAAUUAAUUUUGUAUAUGCACUAUCACCUGGUCUUGAUAUAACUUAUUCAUCUGAAAAAGAUUUAACAACACUUAAACAAAAAUUUCAUCAAUUAUCUACUAUUGGAUGUGAACAUUGGGCAUUGUUAUUUGAUGAUAUUGAAAGUGAAAUGUCUCAACAAGAUAAAGAAAAUUUUCCAUCAUUUGCUCAUGCACAUGUUGCUAUUACUAAUCAAUUAUAUGAUUAUCUUAAUAAACCAAAUAUUUUUAUAUUUUGUCCAACAGUUUAUUGUAGUCGAAUGGCAAAACCAUCUCUUGAAAAAUCUUCAUAUUUACAAACAAUCGGAAAUGGUUUACAUACAGAUAUUGAUAUUUUUUGGACAGGUCCAAAAGUAGUAUCUCGACGAAUAACAAUGUCUCAUUUAUUAUCAAUAAAUAAUAUAUUAAAACGUCGUGUUACAAUUUGGGAUAAUUUAAAUGCAAAUGAUUAUGAUCAACGUCGUCUAUGUAUGGGACCAUUUUCAGGUCGUUCAUUAAAUAUAUCAAGACGAAUAUGUGGAAUGUUAUUGAAUCCAAAUUGUGAAUUUGAAUUAAAUUUUAUUCCAUUACAUACUCUUGGUCAAUGGUUUCAAUUAAUAAAAAUAAAUGAAAAACAAGAUCAAUUUGAUGAUGAUGAUGAUGAUGAUGAUGAUAAUAAUAUUGAAACAUCAGAAAUUUAUCAAAUUGAUAAAGUAUUUCAUAAAUCUUUAAUUGAUUGGUUACCAGAAUUUAAUAAAAUAAAAUCAGCUAAUGAUUCACAACAGAUUGUAAAAAUUGAUAAUUCUCCUCAAGGAAUGAGUCCAAAAUCAGUAACAUCAUUAUUAAUAAAUGAUGAAGAUUCUCAAGAAUCAAUUAAUGAAAAUCCCACAUGUUCAUCAUCAUCAAAAACUCAUAUUAUGGAAUGUGAUCAUAAUAAUACAAAUAAUAUUUAUUUAACAAUUGAUGAUAUUCGUUUACUUGUUGAAUUAUUUUAUUUACCUUAUCAACACGGACCAAAUAUACAACAAGUAUUUAUUGAUUUUUAUUGGCUUAGAUUUAAUUAUAAUCAAGAUCAAAAUUUAAAUGAUUGGCGUUGUCGUGCGUCAGUAUUUCAUGAUAAUGCAAAAGAUAUAUCUCGUUUACUUCAAAAAUUAGUUGCUAUUCAUAAUCGUGCAUUGCUUUAUGAUGUUUAUAAUUAUAUUAAUGAUAUUAAUUCAACAAUUAAUCUGUGUUCGAAAUAUCUUUAUUGGAUUGAUAAUAAUCAAAGACGUUCAUCAGUAUUUAUGUCAGGUGAUGAAGAACCAUGGUCAAAACGAGGUGGUCUUGCCGGAGAUUUUCUUAAUUUACUUCCAUUGGGAGAUUUUCAAUCAUUAAUUAAAUCAGAAUUUAAUUCAUUAUCAAAUGUUUUUAUUAUUCGACCAAUCACUUCAAAUGAUCAUGCAUCAAUGUAUGCAUUAUGUACAACAAUUUGUUAUCAAGAUGAUAUUGAUGAUCUCCUCAAUCAACAUUCACAAAUUUUAGCUGACAAAUUAAUUGGUGGAUAUUUGUCAAGUUCAUUAAAUAAUAGUGAUCUUUGUUAUGCUAUUGAUAAUAAUGAAGAUAAUUUAUGUGGAUUUGUAUUAACAAUAAAUGAAAGUGAAAAACAUGAUAAAUUUAUACAAACAAAAUGGAUUGACGAACUUCAUCAAAAAUAUCCAAAUGUUGAUCAAAAUUUUUUUGAAUUAAUUGAAUGUCCUCAAUGGAUUUAUGAUCGAUAUUGUGUUCGUGUACAAAUCUUUAUUGAUUUAACAAUAAAAACAGAUGCAAUUUAUCAUCUUGGAAAUAAAUUAAUGAAAAUUCUUAUGAAAAAACUUUCUCAACAAGGUUGUGAUGGAUGUCAUGCAUUGUUAGAUGAAAGAAAUGUUGCCUUACAUCAAUUUUAUUUAUAUCUUGGCUUUACUGAUAUACCAAUUAUCGAUCAGAAUGAUCAUAUUAUUCUUCUUGGAAAAAAAUUUUAA